AUGGCUGAAGUCACCAAUCAGCCAACAGGACAGGCCAGUGACACAGAUGAUGGCAUCAUUCAGUCACCUGGUGGCCAAGACUGUGGCGCAGCCACUGGCCAGAAAACCACUGGGCAACUUUUUGUCAUCUUAAGAGAGCUAGAAGCCAAACUUAGAGACACUCAGAAAGAAAUGGAGGUCCUGAAGUCACAGGUUCAAGGCAACAAGGUAGCAUUUGGUGCAUCCAUAAGUGUAGGUGGAAAUAUUGGACCUUUUAAUACCCACACCAUACUGGUCUACAAAAAGGUCUACGUGAACACAGGAUCAUUCAACCAGGGAACAGGUAUUUUCACAGCUCCUGUCAGAGGAGUCUAUUACUUCAGCUUCUCUGGACAUAAUCAUUCAUCUAAAUCAAUGGGCCUGCAUCUGAUGAAGAAUGGAGAGCAGAUGGUCAGUGUCGUCAAUCAUGUUGCUGGAAAUCGUUUUGAGACAGCAACCAAUGGGAUGACGCUGCAGCUUGAAGUUGGAGACCAGGUUUACAUGAGACUGCGUGAAAACACCUGGAUUUUUGACAAUUCGAAUGAUCAUAGCACAUUUGUUGGCCAUUUAUUAUUCCCUCUGUAAAAGUUGUGAACAAGUAACACCUUUGUAUAAAAUCUAAAUGGAUGAAAGUGAAGACAAAAAAUAAUUGCUUCAUUUCAGUUGUAAUGUUUAGUAAAAAUACUUCUUGUUCAA